AUGCCCAUUGUUUAUUUACUCUUUCGAGUCAAUAAAAUCAGAACCUCGGAUGACGUUAAUAGCAUUAUUAGUGCAGAAAUACCAAGUCAAGAACAACACCCAGAUUUAUAUACUAAAGUAUUAAUACAUAAUAUUCAUGGACCAUGUGGUCAAUUGAAUCCAAAUUCGAUUUGUAUGAUAGAUGAAUCAUGCACGAAAAAUUUUCCUAAACGUUUUUGUUCAGAAACUGAUGCAUCUAAUGAUGGUUAUCCAAUUUAUAAACGUCGAAAUAAUUCUAAUGAAAGGCAUUUCGUUCGUAAUAAUAUUAAAAUCGGUAAAAGAUUUGUUGUUCCAUAUAAUCCGUUUUUGACUAUAAAAUAUAAUGCUCAUAUCAAUGUUGAAAUAUGUUCUACAGUCAAAGCAAUGAAAUAUAUUCAUAAAUAUAUAACUAAAGGACAAGAUUCUGCUAGAAUUGGUAUUAAAGUAGAUAGCGAAAAUAAUGUUCAAAACGUCGUAGAAUAUGACGAAAUUAAACAAUACUUAGAUUGUAGAUAUUGGGUUAGACGCUCAGAAAAAUCACAUCAUGGGGAAAAAGCAAUAGGUAGAAUUAUUGCUGUUUCACCAAAAAAUGUCGAAUUAUAUCAUUUGCGAUUAAUAUUACUCUCAGUCAAAGGUUCAGAAGCUACAUCUUUUGAAGAGUUAAAAAAAUUUAACGGACAAACCUAUUCUUCAUACAAAGAAGUAGCACGAGUUAGAGGUUUAAUUAAUGAUUCUGGGGAAUGGUAUAACUGUAUGAAUGAUGCAGUAAGCUAUAUGAUGCCUAAAGCUUUACGAUUACUUUUCGUUACCAUUAUUUGUCAUUGUAAUCCAACUAAUCCUUUACAACUGUUUGAAGAAUUCAAAAAACAUAUGAUAGAGGAUUUUAUUCAUGAAGGAAACAAUAAUGACCAAUCUAUAAUAUUAUAUAUAAAUUAUGAUGAAAAUCCAGAUAAUAUUGUUGUUGAUAAUACUAUUGAUAUUUUAUGGAAUAGUCUUAAUAGUGAUCAACUUUUAGCUGCAGAUGCUAUAAUGAAAUCCGUCCAAAAUACAAAUGUUCAAAAAUGUUUUUAUAUCGAUGGUCCAGGCAGUAGUGACAAAACAUAUUUAUAUCGCGCAUUGAUUGAAAAAUUUAAUCUAAUUCAUAAGAAAACAUUAAUUGUAGCAUGGAUAGGAAUAGCAGCGAUUUUAUUACCUCGAGGAAUGACGUGUCAUUCAGCAUUUAGUUUACCUUUAGAUUUGUCAACAGUUAAAUUUCCUCGACUUUCUCAAUCUAAAAGAGAAAUUUUAAAAUCUUUAGAUUUGCUUAUCUGGGAUGAGGCACCCAUGGCACCUGGCACGGCGCUUGAAAUCGUUGAUUUGGUUUUCCAAGAUUUGAUGGAUAACAAACUUCCUUUUGGAGGAAAAGUUUUACCCGUUGCACGAAAAGGCUCUCGGGGUACAGUUAUAGAAAGUACAAUUAAGAAGUCUAUUUUAUGGCAAUACUUUCAAACCUUUAAACUAGAGCAGAAUAUGCGAGCUGUUACUGAUCCGGACUUUAGUCAAUGGCUUUUAAACGUAGGUAAUGGUAUUAUUACUAAACCAUAUUCUGCUAAAACAAACUUUUCUAUUAAAGUGCCGAAUUCAUUUUUGUCAAACAAUAUAGUAACAGAUAUUUUUGGAACAAGUUUUACAUGUACUGAUGUACAAAAUAUUUCUCAACGUGCAAUUCUUUGCCCUAAAAACGAUUAUGUACGGUUAAUCAAUGAAAAUGUUUUGGCUCUUUUACAAAAUUCUGAAAAAAUAACUUUCAAUGCGAUUGAGUCCUUGAAAAAUAAUGAUGGCUCUGAAAAUGAUAAUUUACAAGGCCAAACCUUUGAAAAAGUAGAAAUUUACCUCGAAGAUCCCUGUUUCUCUCACGGCCAACUUUAUACUGGUUGUUCGAGAGCUAUGAAUUCUAGCUCUUUAAGAAUCCAAAUUAAAAAUAAUACCCUGCAAGGAGAAACGAUCGAUGGUGUUGUAACCGACAAUAUUGUCUAUGAAGGAAUUUUUUAUGACUGUGUUUUAUAG